UCCUACAACCUGUGUACAUAUCAAAUAAAUAAGUGUCUUAGUUCCAGUCAUUGUCCUUGAUAAGAAUAGUAGGUCUCUUAUCUUGCACUGAUGAACAGGAAAAUCUUAACACAUAGACAUACAUAACCUUAUAAUGUUGCAAAGUAGCAACUUUGCUAGGCAGACAAAUAGAGCCAUGUCCACACUUAGAUUAGCUUUGGCUCAAAUUUCCAUCGGGAGUGAUAAACAAGAAAACAUCAGUAAAGCAGUUUCCUUCAUUGAUAAAGCAAAGCAAGAAGGUGCCGAUAUUGUUACUUUGCCAGAAUGUUUUAAUUCACCUUACGGGACAAGUCAUUUUCCAAAUUAUGCCGAAAUGAUUCCAUCUGGAGAAACCUCCGCUGCUCUAUCAGCUGCUGCUAAAAAAUACAGUAUCUACGUGAUUGGUGGCACUUUUCCAGAAAAAGAUGGGAAUAAAUAUUUCAACACCUGCACUGUGUGGAAUCCUCAAGGUGAACUGAUUGCCAAGUACAGAAAGAUGCAUCUUUUCGACAUUGAUAUCAAGGAUAAAAUCACUUUUCGUGAGAGUGACAUCCUUAGUCCAGGUGAUUCAUUAACGACUUUCGAGGCAAAAGGAUGUAAGAUUGGCAUUGGUAUUUGUUACGAUAUCAGAUUUGAGGAAAUGGCCAAAUUGUAUAGAAUUACGGGCUGCCAGAUGCUCAUCUACCCAGCAGCGUUUAAUAUGACUACUGGCCCUCUUCAUUGGUCGUUACUGCAGAGGUCGAGAGCUAACGAUAAUCAGCUCUAUGUGGCUUGUGUUUCACCUGCAAGGGCUUCGGGUCCUGGCUACAUUGCGUGGGGUCACACGCAGCUAACGAGUCCCUGGGGCGAGAUACUUGCUGAGCUUGAUGCUAUUGAGGAUAUGAUUGUUAAAGAUAUAGAUUUAAAGGUUGUUGAUGAAGUUCGAACUCAAAUUCCUGUGUGGAGCCAGCGUCGCACUGACCUGUACGAUACAGUGUGGAAGAACAAGUUGUAGAUAAUCGCUAAAGCAUUAUAAAAAGGUGACAGUUAAGCGAACUUUCUUUAGUAAUUUAGAGAUAAGAAAAGAAUAACAAAUAUUUUUCCGUAUUAUUAUCGCUCUGUAUAUUCUACAAAAAAUGUAGAUUAUCAUUAUUUUAUAUGAAAUAAGUUUGAUGAUUUAAUAAGCGUUCGACACGUUUUUAUGAGAACCAAUUGUUUAGAAUUAUAAAAAAUGUCCUACUUCUGCCGCCAAUGAAUUUUAGAAAUUUAUUUGUGAUCUAUCUAACUAUAGCAAAAUGAUGAAAAUAUCUGUAUAACUUAGGUGUGAAAUAUUUAUAAGUAUAAGUUUUGUACAUACGGUUUGUAUACAAUUUUAAUUUAAAAAAGUGGUUGUCAUAACUUGCAUGGAUGGCUUAUCUUUAUAGCAAAUCCUGCUGCACAAAUAAUUAUCUCAAUUAAAAACAAAGUUUUCACAAUAAAUAUAAAAUUACUAAAUGCAUCAACAACAGUUACAGAAACAUAUGUGAUAUCACUUUUUCUAGUGAUCGUUAUAGACUAUUUCAAAACUUGUAACUUAUAAGUUUCUAUUGCACUUAAUUUUACAUUAUUUUUUCAGAUUUUUAGAUUAUCCAAAUAUGAAAAUAAAAGUAACUUUCAUUAAAACAAAAUUUAGCAUGGAUUCAAUUUAUAAAAAAUACAGUAUUGUUAUCUUUUCGAAAUGCUAUUGAAAUUAAUUUCUACUAGCAAAUGGUU